UUCUCUUCAUCAAACAAACGAAAAAGAUUUCCCAAGUCAAUUAACCAAGUGGUCAGAACUUUGAAAAAGUCCAUUUCUCCAUCUACCGAAAAAUCAUUCAAUUGCCCCUCAAAUGCGAAUAAACUCUGGAAGCAAGCAAAUCCUGGACAACAACUGCCGUGAGCUGCACAUUUAGCGAUAGCAAAAUGAACUACCAAUCGCCAUUGAAAACAUCUCCCGCAAAUCUCGCCCCCUCAUCGGCCUCGGAAUUCCGCCGGUCGCCAUCCAAAACGCACAACAGCUUCCGGCUCCGACCAAAGCUCCUCUUGGACUUCAAUCGAAGUAGAAGUAGAAGCAGCCAAGAAGCCAACACAUCCUCCAAGAUGUUCCGAUCAGUCAAACCCACAACAACGUCAACAACAAGUGGUAUCAGUCUGUUUCAUCGCACCGCCUUCCAGCUGUUGACGAUUCUGGUGGCCGUGGGGUUACUUCAGCUGGUUCAAGCUUCCAGCCAGGCCCUCAAACGAUGUCCAACCGAUUGCGAGUGCAAUCUGGACCAGAGGGGCCUCUAUCAGACCAUCUGCACCAAAGUGGAAUGGAGGUCGAUUCCGGUGCACGAUCUGGACCGGGAAGUCGAAGUGAUCCACAUCAAGGGCUCGAAGAACUCGCUGAACAUCGGGCCCAUCUUCCAGACCUUCUCGAAGCUGGAGGUUUUGAAAAUCACGAAUGCCAACGUGCCCGCAAUCGGGAUGAACUCCUUCUGGGGUCUAGUUAAGCUUCGAACACUGGAUCUUUCCCGAAACAACAUUACCCAGAUCAUCGUGGACAACUUCCGGGGCCAGGACAAUCUGCUGGAGCUGGACCUGUCGAAAAACCGGAUGGAACGAAUCGCGAGUGGGACCUUUGGACAUUUGAAGAGCCUGAAAUCGUUGAAUUUGGCCGACAAUUCCAUCGACGAGCUGAAUGCACGACUGUUCCUUCAUCUGGCCAAGCUGAAAUAUUUGGACCUGAGCUGGAAUCCCAUUGACGAUCUGCCGCCGGAAGUGUUCAAGGAUGUGCAGGAGCUGAAAGUCCUCAAAGUGAGAGGAUGCCAAUUAUUGAACGUAAAUCCACAAGUCUACAACAUGUUAACCCAUUUAGCCGAGUUAGAUUUGGGACAUAACAAGUUCACCUACUUGCAGCGAACGGAAUUUAAGGAUCUGAAACGUUUGAGGAUGCUGCGCCUUGAUGGCAAUCAACUGUCAGUUGUCGUCGACAAAUUGUUCGAGUACCAGAAGGGACUCAAUUUUCUAGACCUGUCCUACAAUCGGUUGGCGAAAAUUUCCGAGAAGGCGUUCGAAAAUCUCUCCAAUCUGACGUAUCUGGACGUGUCGUACAAUAAGCUUUCGCGUAUCGAACCGGAAUGCCUGGAGCCCCUGGUUCGACUGCAGGUGUUUAACAUAAGCGGGAACUUGCAGCUGGAUCUGCUCGAAAUCGGGCCCACUUUUCAGGUCAUCGGCAACAUCAGCACCCUGGCCGUGUCCGACAUGGGUCCACUUCCGAUGAAGCUGUUCGGUCCAUUCCGGGCGCUCCGGGCUCUGAACCUAUCCGGCAAUCACAUCGACAACAUCACCCUGCAAAUCAUCCAACCACUGGCACAUCUACAGCUGCUGGACCUUUCUCGGAACCAACUUUCCGGCGUGGAGGAUCGCUAUUCGACCCAGCUGGCCCGGAUUAUCGACCUCCGGAUGGAGAAUAACCCACUCAUAUGCGACCGAUGCCACAUGGGAGCCCUCAUCGAUAUGGGCAACGAGCUACCCUGGCCAGUGAAACCGGAAUGUUUCUUGCCGGAACGUCUGAGGGGUAUUCCAAUCGACGAUCUAAACGAGGUCAGCAUCGAGGACUGCAUGGAGGUCAUCGUAGAUGAGGACCAUGAUGCUGCCAGCACUUCGCACAACUUUCUGGAGCAAGCUGGAAGUGUCAGCAUCCUGGCCUUUUUCGGUCUGAUCCUGUUCGUGGUUUUGGCCGUGAUUGUCGUUUCGACCGCCAUCUGUCUUUCCAGGCAUCGGGCCCGCUACUACACCCACGAGGAUAAACGAGAGGCCAUCAUCGAGAAGAACGCCACCGAAACCUCGAUCCUGACGUCAGCGGCCAGCGGCGAGAUCAACUUCAAGUUCCCGUACAACGAUCGGGUGUGUACGAUCGACGAAAUGUGCAUCCCGCCUCCCCCUCCACCCCCGACAGGAUCCAUCCAGGUGAAAUCGCCCGGCGGAAACCGAACGAUCGAACGAUUCGAUUAACGAACGGCCUUCGGGGUGGACGACGGCGGCUGCGAAGAGGGAGAUUGUUGUGACGGAACCGGAACCGCAGGAACAAUUUCCGCCACGACCACCCUCUCGACGGUGGCCAUCAUUAGUAAUAGUGCCAGCCAGGUUGAGGUGUGCGGCGAUGAGUCGGCUUCUUCUUCCGGGGCUUCCGGUGUGGGUGGAACCGGGGAAGGGGGAACCUCGUCGAGCGUCAUCACCAGCAGCACCAAUUGUGGGUCGUCGGAUUCGGCGACGGCGGGGAAUUCUGGAACGGCUUCUACGGUGGUUCCACUACGUGGUAUUUUAAGGAAGAAGAAGGAUGUGUUCUAGGAAUGCUCUGAAAUCUUUCAGCUUUUUUUUUGGAAGAGUAAUGGGCAAAGUCCUGCUCCGAUGUAAAUAUGAUAGUAACUGUGAGUUCGGAUGUAAGCAUCUAUUAGUUUGUAAGCGCGAAUGUGAAUUGUGGAUUUGAUGAAAUAAUGUCUUGAGUAGAAUAUUGUAAAAUAAACAAAACAAUUCUCAAAUAAAUGAAAUUCAGAUCAAAUCCAACAGAAAUUUCAACUACAAGAUUGAAAAAGUGGAAAUGAAUUCAUUUAAACAUUAUGUUUUAUUUUUCAUUUUCAGUAAUAUACAGAAAAUAUGUUUAAGUAUGUAGGUUCUCUUCCGAUUUUCUUCCCAAUUUGAAUCAUCAAUAAGUUUGAAAAAACUAUUUUUUUUAAAUAAAGACUUACCAUUCAAUAAUCUUGCAUUAGUUCGAAAAUUUGUUUGGUUAGAACUUUUCAAAGUCCUUAAAUUGAUUUUUUUCAAUUGAAAAACUGUGUUUAAAACUUCCAUAUCAACUUACCUUAGGUUUUACGAGAUUAGUUUAACAAAAUGUAUAUGUUUAUUAAGACCACGAAAAUACACGAAUCUUGAACAAAACUCAUAAAUUUGUUUUAACAAUGAGAUUCGAUAAACGUCAUCUAAAACGAAUGUAAGACAGAUCUAAUUGACGUUCCCUUGUAACUAGUUAUAGAACAUUAAAAUGGAAUCGAUGGAGUCUAUCCGGUUUGCGGUUUCGAAACGAUCUGCUCCAGUUGAAAUUUUGAGAUAACUAGAAGGACUAGCUAUAGAUAUUUUUAUGUAAAAUUCAAACGAACAAAUAAGUAGCGGAAAAUGGGAAUCACUAACAACAACAAAGCUAGCGUAUGAUUGUGUCAAAUCGUAAACAUAAGAUGAAAGAGUAAACUAAAUUGCGGAAAAACAAAAUAUGAGGAUCAGUCUGGUUCAGUUUUAUCUUUAAACAUUUCUUAACAAAAACCUUUGUCAAUGAAAACUGAAAACUUUUGAGACAUUUGAAACAGAUUGAAAAAAAAACUAAACAAAAUAAGUUUUAAAGACGAACGAGUAAAAGGUAGUCUAAAUUGUGUGAUCGUGCUGUAUUUAUUGAGAUUUAAGGAACGAAACAUUCAAGCAAGAGUGAAGGUCUUAAGAGAUAAUUAACAACCUAGGAAUAGAACUGAACAAAUCAGUCAAUAUAUCAAAAAGUGCGAUGGUAUCGAAAAAGGACAACCAUAUGAAAGAUGAUUAUAAAAUAGUUGACUGUUUGAAAGAUUUUUUUUUUCAAAUGACAUAAAUAAACGGCAAAUAUUUUGUAUAA